UCAGCUUCUCCCUUCCUCUGUCCGAUCGACUCACUCGAGCCCUACCCCAAACCUCUCAGCUCUCCAUGGACUUUCACCUGGGUUCAGUUAUUCACUGUAGUUCACUUAUUCUCUGCCGAUUUUUCCUCUCCUUUGCCUUCAGUUUUGUCGUUUUAUUUUUAAAAUAGUCGCUGGAACCAAGGCGAGUUCCAGUAAUAAUUUCUUCCAUUUUGCAGUAAACUACGAUGUGAAGUUGCUGACUUACCGCAGUUUAGCAACACUGGAAUAUACAAACUGAAAACAGCUUGGAUCAGGAAGUGCUGAGUAUGAACAUGGAUUCCAGACAACAAUUCCAGAGUUUCAUCGAGGAUUUAAUUUGUCCCAUUUGUCAGGAUUUCUUCACGAAUCCAGUAGCACUGAAUUGUGAACAUAACUUCUGCCACACCUGUAUCACCCAGAGUUGGAAAAAUAAGAUAAGCUCCUGCCCAUUAUGCAGAGAGGAGUUUCGGGAAAGAAAUCUCAGGGUAAAUUGUGUCUUAGCGAAUCUGGCCGAGAAAGCUCGAAAAUUCAAUCAGAAACCACAAGAGGUGGCAAGUAAACAUCACUGUGAGGAGCAUCAGGAAGCACUGAAACUGUUUUGUGAAACUGACAAGAAAUUGAUCUGUGUGAAUUGUGUAGAUUCACAAGAACACAGAGAGCACCAUUUCAUCUCGAUUAAAGAAGCUGUUGGAAUCUACAAGGAGAAGGUGAAACGCUCUCUCUCAGAGAAGGAAGCAGCCGUUCGAGAAACUGAACAGAAACAGAAACAGAAGAUUUCUGAAAUUAAGGAAAAAGGGAGCGAUCUGCAGAGCCACAUCGCAUCCGCCUUCACCAAAAUGCACCAGUUCCUCACCGAGAAAGAGCAGCGUUUAAUCCAAGAUCUCAGGGAACAAGAGGAGAAGAUUAUAGAACCAAUAGAGAAAAAUCUUCUAGAAAUUCAGGAGAAGUUAAAUUUUAUUCAGAAAAAACUCUCGAAGUUACAGGAACAAAUGGAAUAUGAAGAUGAAAUUUUAUUUCUGAAGGAUGAAACAACUCGGACAAGGAGGAUUAGUGAAGAUUAUAAUAAACUGCUAUUAGCAGAUAGCACCUUGUCUGAUGGGAAUUUCAACAGCUUUUUCCAGUACACAGUGUGGAGAGAAAUAAUUGAUGUCAUUAAACCUGUUCCAGCCUCUCUGACCCUGGAUCCGGACACAGCCCAUCCUGAUUUCAUUGUGAAUGAGGACCGGACCAGUGUGAGGCUCAGAGACAGUGACAGCUUCCACUUCCGAUCCCUGUACAAAUUGGAGAGGUUCGAUCCUUCAUUCUGUGUCCGGGGCUCAGAGGGAUUCGCCUCAGGGAGACAUUACUGGGAAGUGGAGGUGGGAGACGGGAAGGAGUGGGCUCUGGGUGUGACCCGCGAGUCUGCCGAGAGAAAACGGGUAUCCAUGCCGAGCCCUGAGACUGGAUUCUGGUGUCUGUAUCGAGAUCGCCUCGGUCGUUAUUUGGUCAGUACCUUCCCCUCACCGACACCCCUUCCCCCGAGUGAGAGACCCCAGAAGAUUGGCGUGUUCCUGGACUAUGAGGGUGGACAGGUGUCAUUUUAUGAUGCGAACGAUGUGUCCCAUCUCUACACUUUCACCCAGACAUUCACUGAGAGAAUCGUUCCCAUAUUCCGUCCGGGACUUGAUAAAAAACCGCUGAGAAUCUGUAGGAUUAAAAGUCACUGACAGCUCCAUCCCAUAAUGUCACAGUGGGACAGACCUUCCGAUCUCCAGAGGGUCAGAGGUGGGACUGACCCCAAAAGAUAUGCAUGAGAGACCCAUACUCCACCAACAUCUCCCACCAAAACUGACCAACCGACCAACUGCACUCUCUGACCAAGGACCAGCAUCAACCCUGACCCUCCCAACUACCCCACCUGACCCCUGAUCCCAACUUCACCCCCGAACCCCAACUUCACCCCUGUCCCAUGACUUCAUCUGAUACCUCUGAUGAUGAGAUGAAGUUUUAGUGAGCUCUUCCCUCAGUCUCCCUCCAUCUUCCCAGCUCCAUCUUCAAUCUGAAGAAAGCGGCUGCCUGAUGAGGACUGCCCCCUGUCUCCGAGCUCCCGUUAAUGGACUUUAUUUCCAGUGGCCGGGAGGUCACCCGGUGUCGGCAUCACAUGGUUGAACCUUCUCCCCAGUGUAUACAGGACAGCUACCCCAGAUAUCAGGGUGGUCACCUCUCCCCUUGUCCAUCAUUUCAGCUCGAGCUCACCUCUUAGCUUACCUCAUACUGAGGGUCAUUUGUUAGUCCCAACCGGACACUUGUAUGGAAAAGAGGGGGCAAGGCACUGUCCUACCAGCUUAGGGAUGUCAAUAUGGAAAUCGGAAUCAGGGAACCUGAACAUUUCCAGGGAGUCUGUGUUUUCCAGAGAGAGAAAGGAAACAGUUUCUCUGCCAAAGUGGCCUCGUGCUGUGUUCAAUAAUUCCAUAAGGAUUCUAUACUUAUUCUGUAAAGUAUUAUUUAUUAAAGUUUCUUACUUCUGUGA